AUGAGAGAAGAAGAGAGGAAGAGAGCGAGAGAGGAAGAAGCGAAUAAGAGGAGAGAGGUGGUGCGGAAAGCGACAGAGGCUCUAGCGAAGGCGAGGAGGUGCAAAAAGGAGCUGAAAGUAGCGUUAAGGGAGGCAGCGAGGGCAGUGGCGGGAUUGAAGGAGGGCGUUGAGGCGAAGGUGAAGGAGGUGCUGCUGCGGGCGGCGCUGAUUCGCUGCUUGGAGGAAGAGACGCCGCCCUUUCAAGCUGUGGACGGAGGCAGUGCCGGACGCAAGCGACCUCGCAUGGCGGAUGGCUCCGCUGUAGCACAUCGCAUGAGGGAGCCUAUGCAGAGGGGGCAAGAGGGAAGUCACGGGAGGGACAAUCCCAACCUCAGCCUUUCCUUUUUCCUUAACCACUCCCCCGGCCUCUAUGCCUCCCUCUCUUCCCUCACCCUCCACCGCCUCUCGCCCAUAACUGCUCACUCUCUUUCCUACCUUCGCCACCUGCCCUCCCUCACCGCACUCUCCAUCCUGGAGACCUCCAUCAAUCCACUAGGCGUCUUUCAGUUCUCACCCUUCUCUCGGCUCCACCGGCUCGUUCUGGACUGCCCGGACGCCAGCGAGCUGUUGGACCUGGAUCCUGAAAGUAUCUACGCCUGUCAUGCUGAGCCGUUUGCGAAGCUGAGGGAGCUGCACAUCAGCCGCGUCACAAACGACAUGCUGCAGGAGAUUGGCAGGUUGACAAGCCUUGAGGCCUUCUCCUGCACGUGCUGCAAGGAAGUGAGUGAGUGGGGCUUGAGGAACCUGGAUGAGCUCACCAGGCUCACGAGACUGCAGGUGGCGCCAGCAAACCUGCACGACCAUCACCUGCAGCUGCAGUGUUGGAGCGAUUCUCUGCCCGAUAUCUCCAGGGUUUGCCAGCGGCCCACUCCCAGCAGCAAGCGCAUGUGUGACUGUGGCGAGGGGCUGUACAACCCCAAGUACCCAUGCUUGGAUGGCAGUGUGUGGCGGCUGGUGGGUGCGCUGCAGGGCUUGCAGCAGCUGGGCGUGCAUGGGGUGGCACGCAGCAGCCAAGACCUGCAAGCCCUCACUGCGCUCACAGGCCUCACAUCUCUCCACAUCACUGGCACCUACCUGAAUGACGAUGCGUUCUUCAAGGGCUUUUCUCAGCUGAGGGACCUGGGGCUGGCUGGAUGCAACGUGGAUGCGGCUUCAUACGUGUGGGGGUGGAGCCGUACCAUGCCCCUCUUAAAAUCCCUGGACCUAUCAGCCACGGGGAUCAGCUACAAGGGCGCAGCUCAGCUUUAUUUACUUACGAGUUUGGAGCGCCUGAAGGUGCAGCAGUGCUGCAACCUGCAUGCGGCGUUCCUGCGGCAUGUUAGCCUAAUACCCCAGCUGAAGGAGCUGGAUGUGGGCUUCAACAACGUGCAGCCGGGAUGGCUGAGGCCCAUACGGGAUGAGAAGCAGGUGGCCCGGCUGUGUGUGCGCGGCUGCGGGUGGAGCGUUAAGCAGGUCCACGGGGUUGUACGGUCGUGGCUUGAAGUAGAGAGGUGA